AAAGGAACGAAGACGAAGGAGGCAGAGGAGGUUGCUUUCAUAGGCUCUUCUUUUUGACUCAAAACCCAUAAACACUUAAAAGGAAGAAACGAAAAGUCUCUCUCUCUCUCUCUCUCUCUCUCUCUCUCUGCUAGAGUUUGGUCGUGUAGUUUAAAGAGGAGGAGUUGGGUUUUCUGAGCCACUCGGUGUUCUGCUCCUUCUAUCAUUUCUCUGUUGUGAGGAAGGGAGAGAUUUCCAUGUGCAGUGGUUCCAAGAGGAAACCUUCUUCCACUGACUUGAUCAUGGAGCGUGAGAAACAAGAAGGGAUGCGGUAUAGUUUUUCAAUUUUGCUUGAAUUAUCGGCCUCCGAUGAUCUAGAUGGGUUCAAAAGGGCUGUAGAAGAAGAGGGUCAUGAUGUUGAUGAGGCAAGCUAUUGGUAUGGAAGGCUAAUUGGCUCAAAGAAGAUGGGGUUUGAAGAGAGGACACCGCUCAUGAUUGCCGCUAUGUUUGGUAGCAAGAACGUGCUGAAUUAUAUCCUCCAAACAUGUCUUGUUGAUGUUAAUAGAGCCUGUGGUUCAGAUAGAGCCACGGCUCUUCACUGUGCUGCUGCUGGUGGCUCUUCUGCUUCAGCUGAGGUUGUCAAGCUCUUGCUUGCUACUUCUGCUGAUGCAAGUUCUCUUGAUGCUAAUGGAAACCAAGCAGGUGACUUGAUUGCACCUGCUUAUAGUUCAACCUUCAAUUCAAAGAAGAAAGCUUUGGAGGUCAUGCUCAAGGGUGUUCUUAGUAUAGAUGAACCUUUUGACUUUUCAGAGCAAAUGGUUUAUGAAACAGAAGGGCAAGAACAGCAAGAGAUUACAACUCCUCGUGCUUCAAAGGAUGGAACAGAGAAGAAAGAGUAUCCGAUUGAUCUUUCUCUUCCAGACAUCAAGAACGGAAUUUAUAGCACAGAUGAGUUUAGAAUGUAUACUUUCAAGGUCAAGCCUUGCUCAAGGGCUUAUUCACAUGACUGGACAGAGUGCCCGUUUGUCCACCCAGGGGAAAAUGCAAGGCGGCGUGAUCCAAGGAAAUAUCAUUAUAGCUGUGUUCCUUGCCCGGAGUUCAGAAAGGGGGCCUGCAGGCAGGGAGAUGCUUGUGAGUAUGCACAUGGUAUUUUUGAAUGUUGGCUUCACCCUGCCCAGUACCGUACCCGUCUUUGCAAGGAUGAGACUGGAUGCACUAGAAGGGUCUGUUUCUUUGCUCACAAGCCAGAAGAACUCCGUCCCUUGUAUGCUUCGACAGGUUCUGCUGUGCCGUCUCCGAGAUCAUUCUCAGCCAAUGCUUCUUCUCUGGACAUGGGUUCAAUUAGCCCACUUUCCCUCAAUUCUCCAUCUAUGUUAAUUCCUCCUGCUGCAACUCCACCGAUGACUCCCUCGGGAGCCUCUUCUCCUAGGAGUGGAAACAUGUGGCAAAACCAGCCAAACAUCGCACCUCCCACGUUGCAGCUUCCCGGUAGCAGGUUGAAAUCUACCCUAAGUGCUAGAGAUAUGGAUUUAGACAUUGAAUUAUUUAGUCUGGAAAGUCAUCGCCGCAGGCAGCAGCGCUUGAUAGAUGAGAUAUCUGGUUCCCCAUCCAGCUGGAACACUGGCUUAUCUUCUCCUUCAGCCUUUGCUGCCUCCGGGAAUCGAACAGGGGAGUUGAAUAGGAUAGGAGGAGUGAACCCUACUAACCUUGAUGAUAUUUUUGGAUCUCUAGAUCCUGCAAUUUUGCCUCAAUAUAAUGGGCCAGCAUCCCAGUUACAUUCUCCAACUGGGAUCCAGAUGCGCCAAAACAUGAACCUGCAGCCCCGUCCCAGCUACUCAGCCAGCCUCUCAUCCUCUCCUGUGAGGGCUUCUCCAUUGUUUGGAGCUGAUGCAUCUAGUGCAGCUGCUGUUUUUAGUUCAAGGUCGGCUGCAUUUGCAAAGCGGAGUCAGAGCUUCAUUGAGCGCAGUGCUGGCAACCGUAAUCCAGGGUUUUCUUCACGUGCCGAUUCUGGGACUUUAAUGCCCUCAAACAUUUCAGAUUGGGGCUCUCCUGGUGGCAAAUUAGACUGGGGUGUGCAGGGGGAAGAGCUGAACAAGCUGAGGAAAUCGGCUUCUUUUGGAUUCCGAAGCAGCGGGAGCAGUUUUUCAAAUGCUCCAACCAUGAUGCCAGGAACUGCUGAUGAGCCUGAUGUAUCUUGGGUUCAAUCUCUUGUCAAGGAUGCACCACCACCUUCGCAACGCGGGCAAUUUGGUUUUGAGGAUCAGCAGCAGCCGCAGUGCCACCCUAACAAUGGAGGUCCAGAGAUGCUCCCUGCUUGGGUGGAGCAGCUCUACUUGGAGCAGGAGCAGAUGGUGGCUUAAUUCUAAGUUCAGUCCCAGGAUUGCUCCUUCGUUAACCUUUAACGAUAUUAAUUUUUGCCAUUUUUUAAAUUUUUAUUGUAUUCAUCAUAAGUAGGUUCAAGGAACUGGAUAAGAGGGGAAAUACCCCUGACGGAGAAGAAAGAUAAGUCAUGCAGGAUGCAAGUUCUGCUCAUACUGUUUCCUUUUAAUUUAUCUCGUCUUCAUUGUAGUAUCCAUGUGAAUCUCAAGCAGAAAGAUGCUGGACUUGAGAUGGCCUUUCACCUAUGAUAUCAUUAAUUUAGAUAUUGUUGGUCGGUUGUAUA